AUGGCUCUAUGCUUAUUGAAAGUUAUUGUUUUUGAAUUGUUUAUAAGUCAAGUCCUAUCCUCCUACAUAUAUCAAUAUCCAGGCGCACCGUAUUACCCACAAUCGUAUCCAGCUUAUCCCAAACAACAACCACCUGUACAACCUCAAUCGUAUCCUAAUUAUCAACCGUCUGCAAGCUAUGUUUAUCCUAGACAAGAAUUUCAGCCAGCCUAUCACAACCCAACUAAACAAAAUUUCGCGUAUACAAGUCAAUCACCAAAACCAAAUAUAGUUCAUCCAGAAGCAAAGCCAUGUCCAAAGUCUCACCCAAUUCCAGAUAUUCCUCGGGUUAUAGAAGAAAAACGUAAACCUGGUCUAGAUCCGAAUGUUUUAAAUAACUUAGCGAUUGCUCUACAACUUUUGAUUGUCAAUAACAUUAUCAGUAAUCCGCCAGAAAUUACAGACGCUUUCAAAUCACCUGAUAAACAUGAUUGUUAUAAAUCUGAACUAUAUAAAAUACAGGAGCAAUUAAAUAAGCUUUCCGAUACUAAUUGCAAAAGGGAGUACUCGGAUAAAACGCCGUUUCAAUCAUUGUUUGAAGCAAAUGCGUUAGAGUUGCAGCGCGCUUUGCCAAAUGCAAAAUUUUUGGGUGAAGCGGGAAUAAUGGAUAAUUAUUCAUUUCCUAAAUCGCUUCCUCCGAGGACAUGUGGUUUAAUGUCUCCAUAUGAAGCUAUUAAUUCUAAUUCGUUUGAAGCCUCACCAUUUACGCAAAAUGAUUUUCAAAGCCCUUAUUCUGCUAUGAUGGCGUUUGAUAAUAACAAAGAUUUAUUUUCUAUGGCCGACUUAUUCUAA